CUAAAGGACACAACUGACAAAAUGGGCGCCAUGUGGCGUCAGCAGGUGUUUGCGCUUGACGCCAAGUACAAUUCUCACCGAGCCUUAAAUCAACCGAAUCUCAGAACCUUGUAUAUACGACGCCGUUGUCAAUUGCUCAGACAGAAUUUUCCAAAGGAAUCUGAAAUUCACAUAAACUAUGUGAAAAUACGCUCUCAAUUAUUGCAACGUAGGUAUGGAAAUAUUGCAGAUCAGAGCUGCACAAGUGUGAGCAGUCGAAGUCGUUCAACAAGUAUUCGCAGUUGUAGUAUUUCACGAUUGUCUGAGCAGGAGUUUAAAACAAAUGUAAAUAACUCAGGCCUUCAGUCAUCAUUGAUGGAUGGGAUGGGCGGAACACAAACUGUCUUUCAGACGAGAAGAUCAAUUGCUGAAAACUAUGCCUUUGUUGGUGUCCAUCACAUAUUUGAUCAACAUUCUGCUGCUGUAUCAAUGUUGAAAUUUGCAAACAAUGAUAGAUCAAAGUUGUGCUGUGCUUCUUUAGAUGGCAUUAUUUCAAUCUGCGAAGUAACCGGUGUUACUGGAACUCCACCCAAAGUAGUUGCACUGCUAAAAGGUCAUGAGAAAGGAGUUACAGCUAUUGAUUGGAGUGUCAGCAAUGAUUUGGUAGUCUCCUGCUCACUCGAUGGUACUAUUAGACUAUGGAGUAUUCAAUACACAUCGUUGGAUCCCGAGACAUUUCAAUCUGAUUCCUUAAAGACAAAUUGUUUACGGAUUGUCAAGGAUCAGCUCCGUGCCGCUAUCUUGUGUUGCGCUUUCCUCCCAGCCAAUAACAAUUUAGUUAUCACUGGCAAUUCACAUGGAUUACUACAAGUUCUAAAUGUAUCUACUGGAAUUUAUCCACGGGAAGGCACUGCAAAAAUUGGCGGAAAGAUUCUGUCGUUAGCAUGUGAAGAAAGCGGAGGAGGAUCCUUGGUGUGGGCAGGAAACGAUAGGGGAAGUGUAAUAUCUUGUCAGCUCGAGGUGGGCUCGGGUCGUUUAACAAAGCUUCGACGGAUCGAUGGAAUUGGUGGAGGAAUAACGAGUCUUUCUUGGCGAUCCUGGCUGUCCAAAGAAUCUCCUUGGCCUACACUUUUAUUGAACAGUGCCUGUAACAGUCUUUGCCUUUAUCGAAUAAUUGAUCAACAUGGGACGCUAUCCCUCGUAAGAAAGUACCCUGUCAGACACAGGCAAUACUUGGUCCGAUCAACAUUCUGUCCACAAAUGGGGGCAUGUUUAAUAGCUACUGGCUCGGAGGAAGGGGCUAUCCAUCUGAUAGACUCAUCAAGGGAAGGCAGAGGAGCUCGAGUGAAUCGUCUCCAAGGUCAUGCUGCACCCACACUAGCUCUUUCUUUCAAUUACGACGAGUCUCUAUUAGCGACUGCCGAUCAUCAAGGUCUUAUAAUUGUGUGGCGCAACCAUCAACAUCAUCAUCAGUAAUCAUUCUACUUUAGGCAUUUGUUAUUUAUUGCUUUGGACUAUCAUGAACAGAUUUUUAAUAUUCAAGAUGAAUAUUUGCAUUGUCGCCUAUCAUUCAUUUGUACGCUCCUAAAGGAAUUGUCUGAAAAUUAUUUUCUUG